AAGCAGAUUGGCCAAUUUUUUAGAACCUAUUUUAGGAUGAAUUCCCCUGGCCUGGCUGAAUACCCUGACUUUUUUGCAGUUUGCCUUAUCUUGCUUUUGUCAGGAUUGUUGUCUUUUGGAGUCAAAGAAUCUGCCUGGGUGAACAAGGUGUUCACAGCUAUCAAUGUGCUUGUCCUCUUGUUUGUAAUGAUUGCUGGGUUUGUGAAAGGAGAUCUCCAUAACUGGAAGAUAACAGAGUCGUUUCUCCAGAAUAUCUCUGCUCCACCAGGAAAUUUUGUGUACUAUGAAAAUGUGACAAGUAAACACGGUGUUGGAGGUUUCAUGCCAUAUGGAAUGACUGGGAUGCUGGCUGGAGCUGCUACUUGCUUCUACGCCUUCGUUGGAUUUGACUGCAUUGCAACAACCGGGGAGGAAGUACGGAAUCCACAGAGAGCAAUACCCAUUGGAAUUGUG